GCGGUGGAGCUGCCCAUGGUGAGCCGCCGCCGCGCCCCGCAGCACCAUGUCCCCGCCGGCCCCGAGAGGAUGUUCGAGGGCUGCCGGCGGGCGCGGAGCCUCUGGGGCGGCGUCAGGCUGGAGGUGGCCGGCGAGAGCAGCCCCGUGGUGCUGCACAGCUUCACGCAGCUCGACCCCGACCUGCCCCCGCUGGAGAGCUCCACACAGGAGAUUGGAGAAGAGCUGGAGGAUGGUGUGAUCUACAGCAUAUCGCUCCGGAAAGUGCAGCUCCACCACACGGCCAACAAAGGGCAGCGAUGGCUGGGGUUUGAGAAUGAGUCAGCCCUGAACCUCUACGAGACGUGUAAGGUGCGGACGAUAAAAGCUGGGACCUUGGAGAAGCUGGUGGAGUACCUGGUCUCAGCCUUCAAGGGCAAUGAUUCCACUUAUGUCACCAUCUUCCUGUGCACUUACCGGGCCUUUGCCACCACCAAGCAAGUGCUGGACCUGCUGCUUAACAGAUAUGGCAAACUCCACGUGCAGGUGAAUGGGGACCAUGCCAGGCACGCUGUGGACGAGAGGAUGGAGCUGAAGAACACCAUCUCCUCCAUCCUGGGGGCCUGGCUGGACCAGUACUCAGAGGAUUUCCGCAAGCCCCCAGACUUCACCUGCCUCAAGCAGCUCAUCUCCUACGUGCGCCACAACAUCCCCGGCUCCGACCUGGAGCGCCGGGCCCGCAUCCUGCUGGCCCAGUUCCAGCAGCAGGAGAAGAGCGAGUCCGAGGCAGAAGCUGUGGACCAUGGCAGCUGCACCUUCCAGCUGGCGGAGGAGAACGGGGUUGGGGAUGGGAAGCCAGAUUUCCUCUCCUUCUCCCCAGAGAUGGUGGCAGAACAGUUCACACUGAUGGACGCUGAGCUGUUUAAGAAAGUGGUGCCUUACCACUGCCUGGGCUGCAUCUGGUCCCAGCGAGACAAGAAGGGCAAAGAGCACCUGGCUCCCACCAUCCGCGCCACGGUCUCCCAGUUCAACAGUGUGGCCAACUGUGUCAUCGCCACGUGCCUCGGGGACCGGUCCCUGAAGCCACAGCAGAGGGCAAAAGUGGUGGAGCGGUGGAUCGAGGUGGCUCGGGAGUGCCGCAUCCUGAAGAACUUCUCCUCCCUCCGAGCCAUCCUCUCAGCCCUGCAGUGCAACGCCGUCCACCGGCUGAAGAAGACCUGGGAUGAGGUCCUGCGGGAGAGCUUCCGCACAUUCCAUGAGCUCUCAGAGAUCUUCUCCGACGAGAACAACCACUCUCUGAGCCGGGAGCUCCUCAUUAAGGAGGGCACAUCCAAAUUUGCCACCUUGGAGAUCAACCCAAAGAGGGCUCAGAAGCGGCAGCAGCAGCAGCGAGAGAUGGGCGUGAUGCAGGGCACCAUUCCCUACCUUGGCACCUUCCUCACGGACCUGGUGAUGCUCGACACCGCCAUGAAGGAUUUCCUGGAUGGUGGGCUGAUCAACUUUGAGAAGAGAAGGAAGGAGUUUGAAGUCAUUGCCCAGAUCAAGCUGCUUCAGUCAGCCUGCAACAACUACAGCUUCACACAGGAGGACCAGUUCGUGGACUGGUUCCACAGCCUGGAGCGGCUCAGCGAGGCCGAGAGCUAUGGGCUGUCAUGUGAGAUCGAGCCGCUGUCAGAGUCAGCCAGCAACACGCUGAAGGCAAAGAAGAACACGGGCAUCAUCAAGCGAUGGAGCGACCGGCAGCCGCCGAGCACCGAGCCCUGCGCCAGCGGCAGCUCCCACUCAAAAUCCUUCGACCAGCUCAAGUGUGGGCAGUACCUGUGCAGUGGGGACGCCACCGACUCGGUGAGUGUCACCUCUGCCGGCUCCAGCAGCUCCGACGUGGAGGAGAUCAACAUCAGCUUCAUCCCCGAGUCCCCCGACUGCCAGGAGAAGAAGGUCAGUGAGAUCCCUCUGGCCUCCCUCCCCCAGCGCUGGUACGCCCCGUCUGUGGCCGAUGGAGAAGCUAAACCCACUGUGUCCUCCGCAUCCCCUCUCCUCCCUGCCCUCCAGUUCUGGGAAUCCACCUCCCUCUCCUCCCUGGACACGUCAGGCAUCGGCUCAGGCUCCAGCAGUGCCUCCUCCUCCUCCGUCUCCUCCACGCCGGUGACGGCCUCCCGCACACACAAGCGCUCGGUCUCCGGCAUCUCCAGCUACUCCUCACUCUCGCUGCCCCUCUACAACCAGCAGGUCGACGACUGUUGCAUCAUCCGUGUCAGCCUGGCUGUGGACAAUGGCAACAUGUACAAGAGCAUCCUGGUGACGAGCCAGGACAAGACCCCAGUGGUUAUUCGCAAGGCCAUGGCCAAGCACAACUUGGACGGGGACCGGCCUGAGGACUACGAGCUCGUUCAGAUCAUCUCGGAGGAGAGAGAGCUGAAGAUCCCCGACAACGCCAACGUGUUCUACGCCAUGAACUCCGCUGCCAACUACGACUUCGUGCUCAAGAAGCGGGGCUUCUCCAAGGGGGUGAAGAUCAAGCACGGCUCCAGCUCCACCCUGCCCAGGAUGAAGCAGAAAGGCCUGAAGAUCGCCAAGGGCAUCUUCUAGCCUCAGCCCCACUGCCACCCAUCACCGACGGGGCCUUGGGGGCAGGCUGCUCCGGGCUUGGCCGCGGCCGGUCCUUGUGCCGCCCUGCACUGGAGAGGAGCGACCCCCGCCUGGGGGCACGGCCGUGCAUCCCCCUCCUCCCGCACGGAGACGGGCUGUUGGACAACUGGUGUCGGCCUCUGCCUCUCUCUGCACAAGCCCCCAUUCCAAUCAGGUCUUUUUUUCCUACCCAGGAAGGCAGCAGCGGGGGGGAUAUCUCUAUUUUUUUGUUGUUUUAUUUUUUAAAACUUCCACGGUGCGCCACUCGUCCAGCCCCGGCCAGCCCAGAGCUGGAGCCCGCCUCUGCCGUAGGUGCCUUGUGUCCGAGCGAGCCGGGGAGCGGCGACUCGCAGAGGGGCCGUUGGACAGGAGCAGAGCACGAGCCACCACCCUGGGGCUGCACAGCCUCCCACCCGGCACAGUGCUCUCCUCCCCAGCUUUCCUGGUGGUUACCUCCACGUCUUUCCUUCCUGGGAUAGCCGGCAUCGCCACCACCGCACAUCUCCGCCCGUCCUUCCCUUGGGAGAAGCCACGGAUGCCCCGGGCUGGGAAGAUGCAGCCCUGUGCUCGGAGCCCUGUGGAGGAGGGCUGUGUCUGUGCCCUGAGGGAGUGGAUGCCCUGUGCUCUCCACAGCUGGAAGCCUGCGUGGUCUCGCUCCUCUCCCGAUCCAGCGCUUCCUCCAGCUGGACUUGGAAUGGCCCGUGUUCAAACUUGCACCAAAGAUCAAAUGCCAGUGUCUCUUCUGCCGUCGGGGGAAGCUUCGGGCCGUGCCCCCAGUGCUGCCAGCCUAACGAGGGGGAGGAGAGCAAAGUUCUGAACUCGUGUAAAUAAGAGAUUUUGGGUCUGCGUGGGCAAGCGAGGAGCUGGAGAACUCAGCAUGCUCUGGGUGCCCCGGCUGCCACUGCCUGACCCUCAGAAAGUGCCACUCACCUUGGGCUUUAACCAGACUUUUUCAAACACUGACCAUGGGAGAAGCAGCAAUGGGACUUUUUUUGUAUAAAACAAAAAGGUUUACUGAUUUUUUUUUUUUUUUU